AUCCUGAUGAACGCUAUAGAGUUUGCUUCCGUACCGACGCACCCACUCCACGGGACGUCGUCGCUUGCUUCCAAGCCAAGCCAAGUAGUAAAACUCAGCUCCCAGAUUCAGUAGAAAGAAUUCCGUCUCUGCUCCCCAUUUUCAAAAGGGGGCGACUCUGCUCUGUCCGAAAUCUAGUUCUCAUCAACGGUGGCGCCGAGCACCUGAGUAGCUGCCCUCCCUGCACCAGAUCGGAGGAGGAGGGAGGCGGAGGAUGGUGGGAGGAGGCGGCGGGGGCGGAGGGACGCUGCGGCGGGUGGGGAAGUACGAGGUGGGGCGGACCAUCGGGGAGGGCACCUUCGCCAAGGUCAAGUUCGCGCAGAACACCGAGACCGGGGAGAGCGUCGCCAUGAAGGUGCUCGACCGCUCAUCCAUCCUCAAGCACAAGAUGGCCGAACAGAUUAAGAGGGAGAUAUCCAUAAUGAAGCUUGUGAGGCAUCCCAAUGUCGUUAGGCUACACGAGGUUUUGGCAAGCCGGAGGAAGAUAUUUAUAAUUUUGGAGUUCAUCACUGGUGGCGAGCUAUUUGAUAAAAUUAUCCGUCAUGGGAGACUCAGUGAAGCAGAUGCACGAAGAUACUUUCAGCAGCUUAUUGAUGGCGUUGAUUUUUGCCACAACAAAGGAGUCUACCAUCGAGAUUUAAAGCCCGAAAAUCUCCUCCUUGAUUCCCAAGGUAAUCUUAAAAUUUCAGACUUCGGACUCAGUGCAUGGCCUGCCCAGGGAUCUUCCCUUUUACGUACAACCUGUGGAACCCCAAACUAUGUUGCCCCGGAGGUUCUCAGUCAUAAAGGAUAUAAUGGAGCACUUGCUGAUACAUGGUCAUGUGGCGUUAUUUUAUAUGUCCUGUUGGCAGGUUAUCUUCCAUUCGAUGAAAUGGAUUUGACUACCCUUUAUGGAAAGAUUGAGGGCGCAGAAUAUUCAUUCCCACCAUGGUUUUCAGGUGGUGCAAAGUCACUGAUUCGUAGAAUUCUUGACCCAAAUCCAGAUACACGAAUCAGGAUAGAAGAGAUCAGAAAUGACGAAUGGUUUCUGAAGAAUUACGAACCUAUCAAAGAAGUAGAAAAUGAAGAAGUCAAUCUCGAUGAUGUCAAUGCAGCUUUUGACAAUCCUGAGGAGGAAACUGAGCAUACUUUUGAUGAUGAAGCAGGUCCUCUGACACUUAAUGCAUUCGACCUAAUCAUUCUGUCUCAAGGAUUGAACCUUGCAGCCCUAUUUGAUCGCAGACAGGACUAUGACAAGCUUCAAAUUAGAUUCUUAUCACGCAAACCAGCAAAGGUUAUCUUGUCAAGUAUGGAGGUUGUUGCGCAAUCAAUGGGGUUUAAGACACACAUUCGCAAUUAUAAGAUGAGGGUGGAAGGUCUAAACGCGAACAAGACUAGUCAUCUCACAAUUAUGGUUGAAGUUUUUGAAGUCGCUCCAUCAAUCUUCAUGGUGGAACUACAAAGAGCAGCUGGAGAUACUUCAGAGUAUAACACGUUCGUAAAUAACUACUGCAGCAAAUUAGAUGAUAUCAUCUGGAAAUUUCCAAUUGAGAAGGGCAAAUCAAGGAUAUCCCGGUUGCCAAAGUGCUAAUUUGUCCUUGACAUCUGUCAUUUGUAUCGUGCAUAAUCUAAUUCUGUGUGGUAUCGUGGACUUGAUGAUUGGAUGUAUGUAUGGAGUGUAUCGCUACUGAUCUAUAAUAUUCUAGUUCCAGCAGAUGAUCUGAGUAGUAUGCCAUGAUUGUAUAUUGAGAGUCCCUAUGCACAAAGAGGCCCAUCCAGUAGAGGUUUCAGUACCUCGGUUUCUAUGUACAAAGUUUUCAGCUACGUACUAGACUUUGUAGAUUUAGCCCAAAACAUUGUAGACGGUUUCUAUGUACAAAGUUUUCAGCUACGUACUGGACUUUGUAGAUUUAGUCCAAAACAUUGUAGACGUUUCAAGAGGUGCGCAUUUUGUUUCAUGUGUACUGCUUAGUAGCUAGUAUUAGAUGAGAGUGAUGUGUGUCCAGGAUGACGAAAUCGGCAUUGCACUAUUGUAAACUGUCUAAUGUAUCAUGCGUGUAACAGUAUUGAAUGUUGAUUCCUAUUUAUUCAUGUGGAUAGAACGUAAUGUUGAUUCCUAAUGUAUUAUGCGGCUGUUGCUGGA